AUGAUUGAUUUAUUAGUUAUGAAAGGGCCUAAACGGGAUAAUUCUAUUGUGAGGGGUCCUAGAGAUAAUUGGAAUCGACGCUUUACGACUAAUUUGUAUACUAGAGCUUUAGCAAAUGGAGAGAAGUGUGAUAGAGAUUGGCUUGUUUAUUCAAAAGAGCUUGAUAGAGUAUUUUGUUUCUGUUGUAAAGUUUUAAAAAAUGGGAUUGGUAGGGGACAAUUAGCAAAUGAGGGUUAUAGUGAUUGGUCACAUGUUGGUGCAAGAAUUAAAGAGCACGAGUUAGGCAUGGAACAUGUUAAGAAUAUGACUACUUGGUAUGAGUAUCGUCAAAGGUUGCAGAAAUUUCAAACUAUUGAUAAAACGACUCAAAGAUUAAUUGAGAAAGAAAAGGAUCACUGGAAAAAUGUUUUAAAAAGAGUUAUUUCAAUAGUGAAAUUUCUUGCUAAACAUAAUUUGGCAUUUCGUGGUUCUAAGGAAAAGUUGUACGAAGAUAGCAAUGGCAACUUUUUGGGUUUGAUUGAAAUGUUAGCUGAAUUUGACCCAAUUAUCCAAGAACAUGUUAGACGUGUUACAACUCAAAAAGUUCACACUCAUUAUCUUGGACAUAAAAUACAAAAUGAGUUGAUUUCAUUACUUGGUUCUGCAAUUAAAAUUGAAAUCAUUAGAAAAAUCAAACAAGCAAAGUAUUUCUCAGUAAUACUUGAUUGUACUCCGGAUGUUAGUCACCGAGAGCAAAUGUCUUUGAUAAUAAGAUAUGUGGAUGUUUCUUCAACUUCUAUUAGCAUUGAGGAAUCAUUUUUAGGAUUUUUGAAUGUGAAUGAUACAACUGGUCAAGGGCUUUUUGAUGUUUUACAAAAUGAAUUGAAAGAACUUGGUCUCGACCUAUUUGAUGUAAGAGGACAAGGUUAUGAUAAUGGGUCAAAUAUGAAAGGAAAACAUCAAGGUGUACAAAAGCGAUUUUUAGACAUAAAUCCAAGAGCUUUUUAUACUCCUUGUGGUUGUCAUAGUCUUAAUUUGACAUUGUGUGAUAUGGCUAACUCUUGUAAUAAAGCUAGGAAUUUUUUUGGAGUUGUUCAACGCAUUUACACAAUUUUUGCUAAUUCAACAAAGAGAUGGCAAAUUUUGAAAGAUAAUGUAAAAGGGUUGACUCCAAAAUCAUUAUCAUCCACUCGUUGGGAAAGUCGUGUUGAAAGUGUCAAAGCUAUAAGAACUCAAAUGUCAGAUUUUACAGAAGCUUUACUUGAAGUGUCAGAACAUGAUCUCGAUCCUAAGAUACAAAAUGAAGCUAAAUCCUUAGCAACUAAUGAGCUUGGUGAUUUUGAAUUUUUGAUGGCUAUAAUUAUUUGGUUUGAAAUAUUAUCUGCAAUUAAUUUUGUUAGCAAGCUUUUACAGGAAAAGGAUAUGCUUAUUGAUGUUGCUAUGGAAAAAAUAAAGGAGUUGAUUUCAUUUUUUGAAGGAUAUAGAGAAACAGGUUUUCAUAAGGCAUUGGUUAAUGCUAAGGAAAUUGCGGUUGAAUUGAAUAUCGCUCCAAUAUUUCCUCAAAGGCGUAUAAUUAAAAGAAAAAGACAGUUUGAUGAGAAUUUGAAUACACCAGCAGUCGAGCUAUCUGAAGAGGAAUCUUUCAGGGUUAAUUAUUUUCUUUACCUUGUUGAUCAAGCUGUUGUUUCUCUUAAUAAGAGAUUUGAGCAAUACCAAGAGUAUGAAAGUAUUUUUGGUUUCUUGUUUACUUCUCACAAGUUACAAUCAUUGGAUGAUGCAACUUUGAAGUCUUUUUGUAGUAACUUUGAACGAGUACUGAAACAUAAUGAGCAAUCUGACAUUGACGGGAAUGAAUUUUUUGAGGAAUUAAAGUUACUAAGACAAAUGUUGCCUGAAGAAAUCAUAAGACCUACUGAUAUAUUAUUAUUUUCAAAAGGCUUGGAUUGUUUUCCUAAUACAGUUAUUGCAUAUAGAAUUUUGUUGACUAUUCCUGUGACAGUUGCUUCUGCAGAAAGAAGCUUUUCAAAAUUAAAGUUGUUAAAGACUUACUUGCGGUCUACCAUGUCACAAGAAAGACUUAACGGAUUGGCGUUGAUAGCAGUUGAAAAUGAUCUUUUGGAGACAGUAAAAUAUGAGGAUUUGGUUGAUGAAUUUGCUUCAAAAAGUGUUAGGAGGAAGGCUCUUUUUAAGUAG